ACCCACUCCAGAAGGACGCCCGCUGUCGGUGAGAUCCCGCCACUGUCGUGUUGGGUUAUUUACCUCACAGACUCGAACACAGAAACCAAAGGCCCGUCGCAGUUUUUAAGGGGACGAGAAGGAGGAGGAUAGCCCUUUUCGGCGAGGGAGAGUCUGGUUUGGAGGGCUGACCGACGGCCGGGUGGCUGGUACUCCCCCACGAAGGAUAUUACCGAGAUAUCUGGGAAAAGUGAAAGUGCCCAUACAUCGCCUCAGUCAUUCUGAGGUGACACAUUUCACUCAGACGGGAGCACUGGAUGUGAAAGCAGGUGGGCAGAAUGUUCCAGCUCCCUGUCAAUAACCUGGGCAGUCUGCGGAAAGCAAGGAAAAAUGUUAAGAGGGUCCUGGGUGACAUUGGCUUGGAGUUCUGCAGAGAUCACCUAGAGGACUACAAAGAAUAUACUCCUCCAGAGGUGUAUGUAAAGCACACUAACUGGGAAGAUGUGUGCAUGUGGGAACCAUCACAUACCAAAGUCCAGGACUACAGAUCAAAGCCCUUCUGCUGCUCUGGCUGCCUCUUCUCAUCCAAGUACUUCUCUGCAUACAAGAGCCAUUUCCGCAAUGUCCACAGCGAGGACUUUGAGAACAACAUUCUGCUCAACUGCCCCUACUGCACUUACAAUGGUAACAAAAAGACUCUGGAAACGCACAUCAAACUUUUCCACAUGCCCAACAGCACGGUGCGGCAGGGCCCCGGUGGGAUGGUGGCGGGAGCUGCCGGGAUCGUGAUGAAGGACGGGGUGCUGAAAAGGGCCGGCGACAGCGUGGAGCAGGCGGUGUACUACUGCAAGAAGUGCACCUACAGGGACCCUUUGUACAAUGUAGUGCGCAAGCACAUCUACCGGGAACACUUCCAGCAAGUGGCCCAGCCCUAUAUUGUGAAACCAGGGGAGAGGACGAGUGCUCAGAAUGGUGGCACGGGGAAUACAGAGAGUAAUAACACAAACAAUGUUACCAGUAACCAGAUUCACUGCAAGAAGUGUCUGUUUGUUCCGAGGACCUACGAGGCACUUGUCCAACAUGUCAUUGAGGACCACGAGAGGAUUGGCUACCAGGUGACGGCCAUGAUUGGGCACACCAGUGUCAUAGUCCCCCGUCCCAAACCCAUCGUCAUGGUCCCCCCCAAAACCCAGGGAGACAAGACCAUCAUUGGGAUGGGCCCGAAAGGUGCGGUAAUGGCGACUACCAGGUCUCCUGCCUCACAGCAGCUGGGUCGAGUUAUCAUCUCAUCAAAGACGGGCUUCAGCGCUCAAAAUCUUCUAUCCGGGAUGAAGCACGACGGAGUGAGGUUAAAGGCGGGGACUCAGUCGUUCUCCAUUGGCAGCCAGCAGGUGAGGGUUUCUCUACCCGGGAACGCCCAGGUUUCUGUUCCCCAGCAGUCGCAUGCAGCAAAGCAGCUUAUUUCCGGCGGCAGCCUGCGCGGCCCAGUUGUGGUCAGCGCCUCGUCUUCGCUCAAAUCCAACCCCCUGGGUUCCCGUGUCCAGGCAGCAGCGACCACCGUAGCCUCCGUCACUGCCAAGAAAGGCGGCUCCUCGGUCCUCGGCACAUCCUACACCCAGAAGUGGAAAAUCUGCACCAUCUGCAACGAGCUCUUCCCAGAGAACGUGUACAGCGCUCAUUUUGAGAAGGAGCACAAAGCCGAGAAAGUGCCUGCCGUAGCCAACUACAUCAUGAAGAUCCACAACUUCACCAGCAAGUGUCUCUACUGCAACCGCUAUCUCCCCAGUGACACCCUGUUAAACCACAUGCUGAUCCACGGCCUGUCUUGCCCACACUGCCGCGCAACCUUCAAUGACGUCGAGAAGAUGGUGGCCCACAUGCGGCUGUCGCACCCCGACGAGAGCGUUGGCCCGCGCACGGAUUCCCCCCUGACCUUUGACCUCACUCUGCAGCAGGGCAAUCCCAAGAACGUUCAGUUGAUUGUCACUACUUACAACAUGAAAGACGCCCCUGAGGAGUCGGUGGCGUUUCACGCACAAAACAACAACACCUCUGUGUCGCCAGCCCUGUCUGCCUCCCUAAUGUCGGGCAAGAAGUUGAUGCCUCAGCACCCGCCCAAAACGCCUUCAGUGGCGGCUGACAGCGCACCAACCAAGAGUGCUCCGCAGGCAUCCGUGCCCUACAAGAGGGACGUGGGCAAGACGCUGUGUCCUCUGUGCUUUUCUAUCCUCAAGGGCCCAAUCUCAGACUCACUGGCCCACCACCUGAGAGAGAGACACCAGGUGAUUCAGACAGUGCACCCUGUAGAAAAGAAGCUGACCUACAAGUGUAUUCACUGCUUGGGGGUUUAUACCAGUAACAUGACCGCCUCCACCAUCACGCUACACUUGGUGCACUGUCGAGGUGUCGGGAAGUCUCAGAAUGGGCCGGAAAGCCGGGCAACCCAUUCCUCUCGGGUCGGUCAGGCCCAGAGCAGCACUCUGAAACGGGCCAGCUUUGACAGCUCGGACACUAGCGCGCCAAAGCGCCGGAGGCCCCCCGGGGAAAGGGCCUACCCGCGGGACGUCAACGGCCCAUCUUCGUUUGUGGAAAAUCCGGACGAACCUGUAGUUCUGGCUCUCGACCCCAAAGGACACGAAAACAACUCGUACGAAUCCAGGAAGGCGUUUCUGACCCAGUACUUUAACCAGGCGCCGUAUCCCACGCAGCGGGAGGUGGAGAAGCUGGCCGCCAGCCUGUGGCUGUGGAAGUCGGACAUCUCCAGCCACUUUGUCAACAAAAGGAGGAAAUGCGUACAGGAGUGCGAAACCCAGAGCGCCAGCGUGCUGCUGGGGUUCAGCAUGCACGAGCUCAGCAAAGUGAGCCACGAGCUGGCGUUCGUCGCGGACGGCGCGUAUGAGGGCGGCCAUAACAAGAGGCGAACGUCUAGGACGCACCUAGGGGUGUCGGAGCAGGCUCUCCGGAAACACCGGGAGCUCGUGGCUGCUAACGGUGGCGUGGCCCCGCCACGGAAGGGAAGGCCAACCAGGACGGCGGAGGGUACUAAAACAACGCCAUCCGGCCCCAAACCCAACAGUGCCAGCAGAGACCAAACCAAGACAAUCAACAGCACCUUACCACAGAAAAUACCUCUGGACCUCUCAGAGCCCAUUGCCAUCGACUCGGACAGUGAUGAGGAAGAGCAGCAGAAGGACGAGGAGGGAGAGGUACAUCUCCAUGGUGACAAACCACUCAUUGGAGCUCAGGAGCGAGCGGAGCCGAGGACAGGAGCUAAGACCGUUUCAGAUCUUGAUGAUGUGUCAGACGAUGAUGAAGAAGAUGAGGACGAUGAGGACGAAGAGGCGCAUGUAGAGAAUGGUUUCGGGCCCACAGAGGGCUCAGGAAGACCGGCUGCUAAAGGUAGAGACCCUCUGCCCAUCAUUAUUCCCAAGUUUGUACCAUCAUCGGCGAGAAGCAGGAGAGACAGGGCCCAGCUGGGCAAACAGCAGGUCUGACUGAUGAAAUCAAAAAAGACUGGUGCAGUCGGAGAGACGCUUAAGAUUUGAUCGACGCCAACAAAUCUGCCUCGCGUGAACUGAAGGACAUCGCCCAGUUCCACUGGGUAUCCGUGAAGGAGGGGAGCGCUGAGGAGAGCAACAAGCCAUCCAAUGAGUUUUCAAGGCAGGACUCAACGAGCAGCUAGGAUUGACGUAAACAUUUGUGAACAAAGUUUUAAUGUUUCUUUCCUGAGUGGGAAGGUGGAGGUGCAAAGACAACCGAAGUCACACCAAACAAAUAGAAAGUGUUUUUGCCUUCUAUAUACUUUAUUACAUUGAGAUAAGAAGUUGUUAGCAUUGAUUUUUAGCCACUGAACUUGUAAGCGUGGCUUUAAAAUAUUGAGUUGUUGUGAGGUAAAGCUUUAAAGCUGA